CCCUCAACCGCUGACAUCAAAAGGACAAUCAAUCAACUUUGGACUCGUCUAGUGCAUUGAAAAUCGUGCAUUGGAGAGCGUCGCUUUUUGGGAAAAUUGAAGAGUUCUGAUCAUCUUCAUAAACUGUCACUUCAAUUCCAACUGACUUCAACAGGACUUUUAAAUAGGCUAUAAGCUUCCUAACAAAACCGAGAAUGAAGGCCUUCAGUGUUGCAGUUGCAGUGGUGGUCGUCCUCGCAUGUAUGUUCAUCCUUGAAAGCACCGCUGUUCCUUUCUCCGAGGUGCGAACGGAGGAGGUUGAAAGCAUUGACAGUCCAGUUGGGGAACAUCAACAGCCGGGCGGCACGUCCAUGAAUCUGCCGAUGCAUUUCAGGUUCAAGCGUCAGAGCCACCUCUCCCUGUGCCGUUGGUGCUGCAACUGCUGUCACAACAAGGGCUGUGGCUUCUGCUGCAAAUUCUGAGGACCUGCCAGCACUAAAGCCAUUUUAUUAACUUAUUGCCUUUAAUUUGCCCCUAUUCUUCUACAUUUAUUUUGGACUCUGUGGAGAAGAUGCAAUCUCAUUGACGUCUUUAUCACUGCACAACCUCAAUCUUGUACAUAAAUGUUUUGUAUCAUGUUGUAUAUCUAUUGUAUAGCCUAAUGACACAGGGAAAAGACAUAGCCAAUUGAAAUGUGGGGAUUUUUCUUUUCUAUUAUGUAUAUUGUUUUGUACAUUUUGUAGUUUGUACAUGUUUGCAAUAUUUUCUUUCUAAGAUGUUGUUUUUGUAGCUAUGAUAAAUAUUUGUUAAAUCACUUACAGUGACACUUUUUUAUAUAAAUUAACACAUUCUUUGAAAAACAAACAUGGUUGUUUCUGAAUUAUGAAUCUGCUAUAGAUGUGUACCCUGUGGCUAAAUGUUCAGGCCAGACAGCCAGAGGCUUAUUCAAAUUAGUCGCGUUGCUAGCAGUUCACCCUGGGGUCUGGGAAUGGAAUCUACAGUGCCAUCAGAAAGUAUUCACAUCCCUUGACUUUUUCUACAUUUGUUGUGUUACAGCUUGAAUUUAAAAUUGAUUAAGUUGCGAUUUUGUGUCACUGGCUGUUUCUGUAUGAUAUAUUGGAUAAAGUAAUAAAGACAGACACCAAUGUCUAGUUCAAU